CCUGUGAGGAGCACAGUGCCUGUUAGUCCAACGGAAAACUGUGAGAACUGCCUUGCCRAUGACUUUCCGGAUGGAAAGAACUGUGAGAAGACGAGCAGAUACGACCUCAAMCGGUGCUACAUCCAAGCACACCUUGCUAGCUCCUUCACACUCAAGGAGCCAGUGUGUGAAGAUGGAAAGAAGCACGUACUGAAGGCAUAUAUUAACUUCUCCGAUGGCUUCAAGGACUGGUCCAAGGGUCUGACAAAGAAAGUCACAGAUGGGCACGUCGUCUUYCUGUACACUGAUGAAGGAGUUGGGAAUGGGGUCAUAAAGCUGCCACCUGUGGGUGGGACGAAUGGAGAGAUCAUCAACACCCCCCUGAGGCAGCCAAAGGUGUCUGCCCGAAAUGUCGCGUUCAAUCCCACGGAGGGUGCAUGGGUGUACCGUUCCAGUGCCGCUGGUUGCUCCUCAGCCAGAACAUACGCUGCACUGUACAUCUUGAAUCCUGGCAAGGGGACAACCCAAUACUAUCAGAUCUCCCUCGCUGUGGGAAAUCUGCCAUGACUCUGAUGCGCUCAUGCUCUCAUGCCAUGAAAUGACAAUGCUACCCCUCAAUGACAUGCAUAAAGGGCUCAAUUUUAGUUUACUGUAGUGUUCUCUUCUUUUUCUUCUUUUUCUCACGUUUACGGAUUAGCCCUCUUUUAGCUCAUUCUACGUCAUUCGUCAUGCUCGUGGAAUUUCUGAAACUGGAGAACCCUUUCUACUGCGAGGCAGUGCGAGCUGUCAUUUUUUUUUCUCGAGUAAUGAUGUUUAACUUACAGCUUGCAAUUGAUGGACAAAUGCGCUCCAGUUUUCAUCCGUACUCAAUAAUUGCAGUGCGUCCUAGGGCCGUGGUCGUGUACUAGGCUGUCUGUUAGCAACAGUAAGACGUACCAUUUUGUUGAAACUGGCUUUUUUCGCGUAAUGAAAUGAGCUGAGGGUUUAAAUUGUCCUUUAAUGAAAUCAUUGAAAUGUG